UAUAAUACCUUGUAGAACGACACUACUGUUAGUGAAGAUGGAGUUGAAAGAGCAUAUUCUCAAUAAAACCGAGGAAUUAAAUCAUCAUUUUAAAGAAGAUAUCAAAAAUGCCAAAGGUUGUGUUAAGAAUAAAAUAAAAGAUGCAUCGAACAUAGGAAUGAGUGUUUUAAAAAACAUAUUGUGGUCUGAUGUUCCGCCAAAUAAAGUGAUUGAUGUGAAACAAGAUACAUUCGCAUCGAGAGGAGUUUAUCUUCGAGAAGAUGGACUUAUUCUCUAUUUACCCAGUUCUAAGUCUUCGAGAAAAGAAGCCCCUGUCUUUGAAAUAGUACUGCAUAGACAAGGAUUGGGCCCAGCAUUUAGUAUAUACCGGGCAAAAAUAAGAGAUGAAGCAGAACUCAAGUUCUACAUUCUAAAAGAUAAAUUACCUGAAUUUAUUGAUAUUGUUCCCGAGAUGUGUACAGUCUCUGGACUUCAGAAAUUGUGCGAUACUUUAUUUGAACAUCCUCACUGGUCAUUAGCACAUUUGGCUGCUCAGUUCUCUCUCUAUGAUUGUCUCACCAAUCCAACAAUUACUAAUUAUUUCAACAGCACCGAUGUAGAAAGUGGAAUAUCACCACUGCAAGUAGCAAUUGCUACCAAAAAUCUCAGAACAGUACAGAUUUUAGUUAGUUCUAAAUGUUCCCUUGAACAUCUUGACAAUAAAAAGAAUUCUGUCUAUCACUAUGGAGCAAACAGCACCAAGGAAAUAGUAGCUGUUCUUACUCAAGAUCCACCUUUGAAUUGUCUCAAUUCAAGAAACGAUGACGGCUUCACGCCACUGCACAAGGCCUGCUUAUCUGAUAACCGUGAAUGUGUUAUGGCACUUUUAAAGGCAGGCGCAGAUGUUAAUAAAACAGCUACAAUUGAGGAUGAACAAGAAAACAUGGUACCUAGUUAUGUGGUUGAUUUUGUUGAUACAACUUCAAAUGGUUUGUAUCAAGGUGAUAUGAAAUCAGGAGGAACACCAUUGCACUGGUCUAGUUCUAAAUCUGUGAUUGAAACAUUGAUAGAAAAGAAUUGCGCUAUCAACAUGGGGAAUUUUCAGAAGCGCACAGCAUUACAUGUAAUGGUUCUAAGGAGAAGAUUAGAAUGUGCAGUUGCCUUACUGAGUAAUGGUGCUGAUCCCAAUAUAGGAGAUAUCGACGGAAAUAGACCACUUCAUUUUGCCGCCCAAGUGGGUUGCAUACCAAUUAUACAAUGUCUUGUAAUAUUUGGUGCAGAAUUAGAUGUUCUCAAUAAUAAGGGCGAAACAGCAAGGCAUUUGAUAGAUCCAAAAAUUCUUUAUUAUUUAUCUGCUGUUGGAGCCAAACGUUGUCCGGAAGGAGUGUCGAACUGUAAAGAUGGUUGUAGUUUUAAUGGCAUUUAUGAAGGUAUUCCUCCACCACCAGUUGCAAUGCCUACAAAUCGCGAAACUUUGAAUAAAAUUCUGAUAGAUCAUACAUUAAAAACAAUAUAUGAGAAAUGCAAAAAUGGGGAUAUGCCAAAGAAAGGUCGAUUACUUUGUCUAGAUGGAGGAGGUAUAAGAGGUUUAAUUUUAGUACAGUGCCUUCUUGAAUUAGAAAGCAUUCUGCAAAAACCAAUUGUACAUGUAUUUGAUUGGAUAGCUGGAACAAGCACAGGAGGUAUUCUUGCUUUAGCAAUUGCGACUGGAAGAAGCAUGAGAGAAUGCCUUCGCCUUUAUUUCCGUCUCAAAGAGCAAACUUUUGUGGGAAUGAGACCUUAUCCAAGUGAACCGUUAGAAAGAGUUUUGAAAGACACUUUUGGUAGUGAGACUGUUAUGACAGAGAUCAAACAUCCCAGAGUAAUGAUAACUGGAACAUUAGCCGACAGGAAACCGGUUGAAUUACAUUUGUUCAGAAAUUAUGAGAGUGCACAUUCUAUUUUAAACAUCAAGCAUAAUUCUCCUUAUGAGCCACCUAGCCCUCCAGAUCAACAAUUAAUUUGGGAAGCAGCCAGGGCUACAGGUGCAGCUCCUACAUACUUUUGUAAUUUUGGGAGAUAUCUGGAUGGAGGCUUAAUAGCUAACAAUCCAACUUUGGAUGCAUUGACAGAAAUUCAGGAGCACUGCCUGGCCUUGAAAUCAGUCAACAAAGAAAGUGAAGCAGCACCAGUAUCACUGGUUGUUAGUAUCGGAACUGGUCACAUUCCAGUAUCAGCAAUUAAAAAUCUGGAUACAUAUAGACCAGAUAGUUUGGUUGAUAAUGCUAGAUUAGUAUUUGGUAUGACAUCAGUUGGUAUUCUACUUGUAGAUCAGGCCACUUGUAGUGAUGGGCGUGUCAUUGAUCGAGCAAGAUCCUGGUGUGCUUCAAUAGGAGUACCAUAUUUUCGAUUUAGUCCGCACAUGUCUGAGGAAUAUGCUUUAAAUGAAAAAGAUGAUGAGAAAUUAUGUAAAAUGUUAUGGGAAACCAUGGUGUACGUAAAACAAAAUAGUCAUAUGUUAAAUGAUUUAGCAAAUCUUCUUAAGGAUUAAUAAGCCCAUUCUAUUUGGUAGGUACUUGAUCCCUUCAAAAUAAAAAUUUUAUUAGUAUAUAGUUAGUUCAUGAGAAGCCAAUGGUCAGCUGUAGAAAUUAUGAUAUCUAAAAUAAAAUCAUAAAUAAAAUUGAGACUUAUGCGGUCCAAACUCAUAAAAAAAACUAUUUUUUCAAUUAUUUAAAAUAUAAAAUAAUAACUGAAAUAUUUAUUAAAUGAAAGACUCAUUUAAAUCAGUAAUUAAAUUAAAAAAAGUAAAUUAUUAAUUAAAUGAUUGAAUGAUGAGAGUGAAAUGAAAAAUCCAUAAUUCAAAAAUUACAUUAUUAAAAUGUAUAGAUAUUAGUACUUGGAUUGAAGAAAAUGAAAACUAAAAGUUAUUUAAUACAGCAGACAUUGAAAGCAUCAAACCUUCAAAUCAGUAUUUCAAAAAAACUUGUUGCCAAUGAACAGUGAAAUCAUCAUUGAACGAAAGCGAAUUAAUUACAGAAGAUACUUUUAAUUGCAUUAAAAUAAAUACUUGUUGUUUAGAUAUAUGAUUUAUGCCCAAUUUAAUUUGAGAUAAAUAUUUUAUAUCAGAUUACCACAUUUUUCAACAACCUUGUGUGGGAAGUGCCAAGGAA